AUGCGACACACAACUAAACCCCAGCCCUUGGAGGGCAAUGGCGCGCGAUCUCAUCAAACGAAAAGCCUCAAAUCGUCUUCGCGUAAACAUGCUGGGUCUUCUAGGCAGCUGGAUCAGCUUUUUCGGCUUUACGAUGACGCUAUGGAUCUUUUCAACCAGUCUGCCCUUGCAGCGUCUUUUGAGGACAUGCUCAACGUAAAGAACCGCCCACGGAUCACGAGACUCGUGUCUCUUGGUCUUGGCAGUCUCUUGGACUCCAAAGACCAACAACGUCGGAUCAAGCAACUCGUUAUCUUUAUGGCUAUCGCAUCCCACCUGACAUUACCAAUGGCCGACAAGGGACCGCUCACGUUAUACGCCCAAGAUCCCACUUUUACAGCCAUAGAUGAAGCUUUCCUGAAUGGUCUCGGCAUCACUGUGCUCAGGACACCAUCCUCAUCAGAUUUGGGCGAUGCAGGCCAAAUGAUCAACGAGGAGACACUUGUGUACAGUCCGUUUUUGACGAUCGCUACAUACAAACUCCUAUUCUCGCAAUCAUUACACACAUCAACACAAUCUUCAUCUGGAUCACCAAAGAUUCCGAUUCUCGUUAGCGACGACUUUAACGCGUUGAAACUCAAGUGGGAUAAGAGGACGAGCGAGCAUAGAGACGUUGAGACCUUGAUAAAGGGAGCAAAAUCGGGCAACUAUCGUCGUCGGGCAGUUAAUGGGGAGGGCUUUUGGACCGAGUCUGAUCGUCCAUUCCCAUUGGCGAUAUACUGGAGGCAAACAGUCACUCAGCAGAAACGAGGUAUAGAACGGGAGUCUUGCGCUUCGGUGGUGAGUUAUCCACGGGAGAACCAGGCCAUGUCUAUUCAAGUAUAG